AUCAAGUUCGAUGACGGUAUUGCACUUACAGUUUCUUUCUAUCAUCCUUUUCUUCGCCAAAGUGGUACGUGAUGAAAAAGGAUGUGGACUUAUCGAAAUCGGUCGCGAAACGAUGGUUGAGUUGAUAGAUUGCAAAGUAGCAAAAAGUGUGAAAGUUGUUGAUUCAACGUUGAAGAACUUGGAUAUUUUUGAGAACCUCGCGAAAGUGAUACAGACAGAGGAAAACGUCGCAAUCGAAAUAAGUAGUAAUUUGAACCUGGAAUGGAAAGAAGGAAAUGUUGUUAUUUAUAUACCUACUAUCACAAUAUACGACAACCCUAAACUGUGUAUACCACAAGAUGAUUUGACCAGACUAAAAAAGGCUGCAGAUGCAUUGUCAAUUGAUAAUACUUUUAUUCAAGAAUGCCAGUGUGAUAUGGAGACUCUGGAAAAGAACUCUGAAACAGCUAAGGAUUUGGGCAAUUUCACUCACUGUGUCACUUUCAAUGGGAAUCUCACAAUCAACGAGAGAACUAAUGAAUCUGUACAGCUUUUUGUCAACAGAAUCAAACGAGUAGUUCAUGGGUCCAUCACAGUGAUUGACUCAAAAUGGAAGAAGUUUGCGCUACCAUCGCUGGAAUCUGUUGAAUCGCUGCAAGGAACCGCGAUAACGAUUGUGAACAAUACAGACCUGGAGGAAAUUGAAAUACCUCGAUUAAGAGAGAUCAAAACAUCUGGAGCAAAUGAAAAACUCCAACUUACUCAAAUGUUAAAUGAUGGGGAAGUUAGAAUGGAUAUCGAUCCAUGUAUAAUAGAAAACAGCGAAUCCUUAAAAAAUUAUUCAUCGUGCAUGGUUGUUCAAGGAGAUAUAGAAGUUAUCGGAGGUGGAUCUUCUAUGAAGGAGUUUGAAUAUCUUGCACACGUGGAAUAUCUACAUGGCUGUUUGACAGUUACUAAUACGGCAGUGCAAGAUUUGUCUUUUCUGAGAAGUUUGAAAGAAGUACACUGUGACAAGGAUAAGCCGCCUAUAGAAAUAGUAUCUAACAUCCAUUUGGCGCAGUUCGAUUUGGGAGUCAGCUAUGUUUCUUCAAAAUUCAAAAAGCCAAUAUUGAUCCAGUACAAUCCCUUACUACGCCGAAAACAGCUAGAAGAAUGGCAGUAUGUGCUAAAACUGCGGGAACCAUCGAACUUCCACAAUUUCCCUAAAUAUCCUCGAGUCUUCAACAUAGACAUAUUAGAUAUUGAGUAUCAAUAUGGUAUGUCUCUUGAGAAUUGA